AUGUCCACCAGUGCUCAGACGCCCACGGUCGUCCGCAGCCACUCUACAUCCUCACGCUCACACUCCCAUCGUCCUCCUGCAUCUGAGUUACCUCAUCGCACUCGAAGUGUCGCUGUCAGACCAUCCACCGCUUCUCAGUCCUACCAAUCCCAUCAAAAUAGCCCCAGUCAUCAAAAGUCCCAGUCCCAUGAUCGCCGACCGCCCUCCAAUCAGGCGGUCUUCGAUAACAUAGCCCGUCGGGACUUUGACGGUUCACGGGGCUCCCACUCCACUUCCUCUCGCCGAAGUUCUUCCAAGGAGCUCUCUCGCGAGCGUCCGUCUACCGGCUAUCGUAACGAAUCGUCGUCCAACAAUACCAGCAAGCACCAGAGAAACCUGUCGGUACAAGGUCGCCAGCGAGACAGCAUAGACAUGGCGUCGGCAGGCCCCGUGGCGGCGGAGCCGGUGCCCGCUCCUCCACAAGCCGCGGCCAGCUCGCAUUUGCAUUCUGCUGCCUCUGUGCAGCCUAAGCGUCGCACAACCAUCACCACCCCUUCCGGCCAGUGGGCCUUGGGAAAGACCAUUGGCGCGGGAAGCAUGGGCAAGGUCAAGCUUGCGAAGAACAUGGAGACCGGUGAACAGGUCGCCGUCAAAAUCGUCCCAAGACAGUCAACCGAAGAGCAUCGCAAUUCGCGCGACACCGAGAGAGCGGAUCGCUCGAAGGAGAUUCGAACCGCCCGGGAGGCUGCGAUCGUAAGCCUUGUGAAUCAUCCUUAUAUCUGCGGUAUGCGCGACGUGGUGCGCACGUCGUAUCAUUGGUACAUGCUGUUCGAAUAUGUCAACGGUGGCCAGAUGCUCGAUUAUAUUAUCUCACACGGUAAAUUAAAAGAAAAACAAGCACGGAAGUUUGCGCGCCAGAUCGCAAGUGCGCUGGACUACUCUCAUCGCAACAGCAUCGUACACCGCGACCUCAAGAUCGAAAACAUACUGAUCAGCAAGACCGGUGAUAUCAAAAUCAUCGAUUUUGGUCUGAGUAAUCUUUUCUCGCCGCGCAGCCUCCUGAAGACGUUCUGCGGUAGUCUCUACUUUGCUGCACCGGAAUUGUUACAGGCGAGGCAGUACACAGGACCCGAGGUGGAUGUCUGGAGUUUUGGCAUCGUACUCUAUGUCCUCGUCUGUGGCAAAGUACCCUUCGAUGAUCAGAGCAUGCCGCAACUUCAUGCGAAGAUCAAGAAGGGACAUGUUGAAUAUCCGCAAGGCUUGUCUGCAGAGUGUCGCCAUAUCAUCUCCCGAAUGUUGGUAACGGACCCUAAGCAACGCGCAAGCCUGGCGGAGAUUAUGAACCAUCCUUGGAUGAACAAAGGAUUCAGUGGACCGCCCGAGAACUACCUCCCGGCUCGCGAACCCGUGCAGCUUCCGUUAGACCCGGAAGUUAUCGAGAAGAUGACGGGCUUCGAUUUCGGUCCACCCGAAUAUAUCGCAGCACAGCUCACAAAGGUCAUAGAGUCGGAAGAUUACCAGCAUGCCGUGAGAACAAGUGUCCGCGAGCAACCACAACCCGCUCACAGCGAGAAGAAGCGUGGCAUGUUCGAUUUCUACAAGCGCCGGAAUUCUGCGAGCAGAGACACGCUCUCAGCACCGUCGGCCGAGGCUGUCCAAUUAGGCAACGAUCCCCUCAAUGCAUACAGCCCGCUGCUCUCGGUGUACUAUCUUGUUAAAGAAAAACUUGAAAGAGAGCGAGCCAAAGAAGCUCAUCCCGGUGCUCUUGGUAUCCCACACGGUGCAGGUGACAGUACACUCAAGAUGCCAGACCUACCGGCACCAGAGGCAGCGCACACGAAUCAAUAUCAACUACCCGGCGAGAAGGAUACUGGCAGGAGAUCCCGUCCUCGAGCACGGACUCAUGGCGAUGAUGACCUCAAUGAUGGCAUCAAGAAUCUCCAUCUUACUUCGCAGGGAGUGCCGGAUUCUCCGAUUCCCACCAUCUCACACCCGGAGACUCCGGUGAAGAAGGAGAGCACCGCGGCGGGUAUUCUUAGAAGAUUCAGUACCCGAAGAGUGAAGGAGCGCAGCCGCGAUCCCGAGCGUGAGCGCAUCACCAGCCCCCACGCGCCAUCGCUUAGUGUUCAACCCCCAGCCGAUUCGGCUUCCCCACUCUCACGAGGAUUCAGCAUGAGGAGAAGCCGGCGGGCCGACCUUUCCCCGUCUGAUACGCCUGCUGGGGGCAGCCAGCCGCAACACCAAGAUCUCCUCAAGGCUCCGGGAUCGGCAGAGCCGGCCUCACGAUCCAACAAGUUCCUGGAGAGAUCAACGAGCGUCAAUUCAGCCGAUUACCGACCCCGGAGAACUGCGCGCAGAAAUGAUCCUGAUGCGUCAGACCUAGGUGGCGAUCGCCAACCACCGCAGACCAGUGGCUCUGACUACUCGAGUGUGAGCGUCCAGAAGGACCAACCAGCGACAAAGGAGGUGAAACAACCCAGUCGCACGCACGCUAGCCGAACGAUGUCGCUUGGCCAUGCUCGCCGUGAAAGCAUCCAGGCCCGCAGAGCGAGGAGGGAUGCCGCACGGGAGGCCAACGUUCCGGAGGAGACUGACGCAGACAUCUCUGGCGCGGGGACUGCUCUAGAGAGUGCGAAUGAGGGAGAGGACCUCUCCAAACCGGUCUUCCUCAAGGGUCUCUUCAGUGUUUCGACCACGAGCAGCAAGCCGCUGCCCUUUAUCCGCGCCGACAUCAUUCGUGUACUGAAACAGCUGUCCGUGGACUAUGUCGAAAUCAAAGGAGGCUUCAGUUGCCGUCAUGCACCCAGCAUCGAGCUGGACAAAGUGGUAGAUGCCGGGCCUCCAAGCCCUGAUCGAUCGGGUCAUGUGUCCGGUCACAGGCGCCGCAUCAGCUUCGGGGGGUUGCUGAAUCACGAUGAAAGCAAGGAGGAGUCUCGCCCAGCACAUACGCCGCGGUCUCAGCCUCGGCCCCGGGCCCCUGAUCGCAGCUUUGUCACCAACUCAGAAGGUUCGGACGAGUACGUUGCGCAUCGGGACAACAAUGUGGUCGUAGGCGAACGAGUCAUGGGCGAGACUACGACUCGAGUGCAGAGUGAUACCGGAGAGAAUAUGAUUCUGAGAUUCGAGAUUCUGAUUGUUAAGGUCCCGCUGUUCUCAUUGCAUGGAAUCCAAUUCAAGAAGGUUUCAGGCGGCAUGUGGCAGUACCGUGAGAUGGCGAAGAAGAUUUUGGAUGCCCUCAGGCUUUGA